GAAGAGGCUCUAAUAUCCUUGAAGCGAUGAAAAUCAUCUGCCUAUAAUAAGAAAUUUGCCAAGUCGGCUUGCUUGUUUUUGACCAUUAGGGCUUGCCCAGCCUCCCUCACGCCAAUGCCCCCCCGCAUCCUACCGCAUCCUACCUACCGCACUCCGGACAAAUUAUCCAGUCCCAAUCUCUCGUCCCCGAGAACCGAACUAUUCUCAUUUGACCCAUAUGUCACGACAUCGUUUAUACCAGCUUCAUCGCUCACAUAUGCAUUCUUAUUCUUGUCAUCAUUCGUUGGAUUGUAGCUCCAACAUGAACGAGUGGAGAAUGUUGGGUUCAUUAUCUCACAUCUUAACCCUAGCUGACAGGUACCACAUAGCCGUAACUUGAAUCUUCCAUGUUCGGGUUACCGCUAGGUCAGGUAAUAGGAUGGGCAUUUACGUUCCUCAAAGGACGCUCUACUGCGAGCAUAAUACCUAGUGGGUUCUUGGAGAGAUAUAUAUCUCUGGACGAUGUCUCUUACAGGUGCACCACCUUCAUCCCAUCAUAUAUCAUCACACCUCGUUAAAUUCUCAUAGUUCCCUUCCGGCCCUCUUGAAUGAGCUAAGUCAGCAAAACAAGAACAUGUGCCCGCAACUUUCGAGGUUGGUCUCUCUGUUACUAGCUCUCACUGAGUUUGGAUCGACAGCAAUUUUCUCUGUAAACAUCCCAGCAGGCUCUGCUAUAAAUGUCUCUGAUCAAAUCGACCCUCGCUUUUGCGGCUUCGCCUUCGAAGAAGCAUCCUUCGUUCGGUAUGCCCAAGAUGACAACGGCAACCCUAACACCUUUUCUAUAAACCUCAUCCAGGCAGUUACUUCGCGAACGGGCGUUGAUCCGAUCAUUCGGCUUGGCGGAACAUCCCCCGAUUAUGGGAGAUUCCUUCCGGGACAGGAAGAACCUGCGCUCCCCGUUGCUGAGCAGGACAAUUAUCAGAAUAUCGGCUACACGACCAUCGGCCCCUCAUACUGGAACCUGACUCGGAAUUUCCCGGGGGCCAAGUACAUGGUCCAGGUCCCAUUAGCGACAACAAAUAUUAGCGAGACCAUUGCUUGGACUCAAUCCGCCGUGGAUGGUGUCGGCUUGGAUAAUAUACAUUCAAUCCAGCCGGGCAAUGAAGCAAAUCUAUACUCCGAUGAUUUCACAGGAGAGGGGGGAGUAGAACUGAAUCCACCAGAAUACCAGGGCUACCUCUCUAACAAGUCUUAUGUGGGCAACUGGACAAAAUACGCAAAUGCUAUAUUAGAGGCUGCGGGUUUACCCGAGGGCCGUUUCUUCACAGCUUUCGAUGUCGCAACCCACUUCGGCAACGCGGUGCAGGAAGAAGCAUAUGUCUUUGACGUGAAGACAUGUUUCGACCUAGGUAUCGAUAAUAAAAGCAUCAUCAAGGAAGUCUCGCAUCAUUACUAUCAACAGAAUGCUGGCACUGCCGAUGACCUAGCUGCUGGACUCAUGGACACGAGCGUUACCUAUAAUCACCUUAACCAAUUCAAGCCUCGAAUCUCAUGGUUGAAGAAUAACCGUCCUGAAAUUCCCUUUAUCCUAAACGAGGUUGGCAACUCUCUCUUUAGGACCAAUUCGUAUGAGUUUCAAGCUCGUCUUGGCAGCGCGCUUUGGCAAGUCGAUUUCUAUCUCUACAGUAUGUCAAUAGGCAUCGCGCGAAUCAACUAUCAGCAGAUAAUGCACGCGGGAUACAAUCUAUGGCUACCUGUAGCAAGUGCCGGCCAUGAUGCCCAAGUAUUUUCUAACUUUUACUCACAACCGUUCGUGGCGGACUUCAUCGGGUCCUCGGGCAAAACGAAAGUUGCCAAGCUAGAUAUUCCUAGCAGUAAUCCUCCCGAGAACGUGGCUGUAUACGGUGCCUACGAGGAUAAUGUGGCAAAGAGGAUAGCUAUCACCAAUCUAAACUACUGGAACAUGACGUCUUCUGGUACGGAUAGGCCUAGCGUCACCUUUGACCUGUUAGUCCCGGAUGGCAUUGAAUCCGUGAGAGUCUACCACCUGAACAGUCCUCUGGGCGCUGGCGCUGCAGCAGAUACUAUCACAUACGCAGGCAGUCAAUGGACGUAUGAAAGUCUUGGCGAGGAAGUUAAAAAUGUUCGAGAUGAUACUGAAAAUAUCACCGUCAAUGGCGGAGUUGCUACCGUCGCUGUUCAAAAUAGUGAGGCCAUCAUGGUUUGGCUAUAGCUGACUGUUUUUUUUAGAGUAGCAUCAAAUGCAUUAUGGUUAACUUUUUCA